AUGUCGCAGCUCUCCGAUGUCUACGCAUCAUCUAGCUUCGAUGGGGUGCAAUUAGACACGCUACAAUACCUUGUUCCUAACGAUUCCCUAUCCCAACGCGAAAGCCAGAGUCAACUACUAUCCGAAAGUCAGUUUGGAUCAGUUCCAGACCUUCCAGACCUUCCAACCCAUCGAUCGCGCGUGGCACCUCAGGCCCCAGACACUCUUACACGAAUCAAACCAGACCGUAUCAACGAGUACGUUGUCUUUACAACUACAAUGACCGCAGAAUUUAUUCAGUGGUGGCUUGAAACCGACUUUGGUAAGAAGAAGCGGAUCAACUGGGAUGUGAACCGUCGUGCAGAGUGCUGGAAAGGGUUUCAACAAGUUGCAAAUACCAAAGAUGGGAAGCCAGGCGUUAUAUGCAAACGGUGCCGUACAAUUCUUGAGCACCCAACUACCAACCAUACUGGAACCUCAUUGAUGCAGAAACAUCUCGAUGGGCUAAGGUGCCGACAGCGAAUACCGAAGAAGGGUAAUAUCCAGCAACUACUUAGUGACGCGGCUGAGAGAAGACCAGCGCCUACCUUUACCCAGCAAAUAUGGGAGCAGAAGAUCCUAAACCUGAUCACUGUAUCGCAUUUACCCUUCCUAUUUGUCGAACAUCAAGAAUUCCACGACCUCCUUUCCUACACACGGCUAGCACCCACACUACCAAGUGUUCCAUCAAGAAAG